GGCAGGGGCCGCGGCGCGGGUUUAGGGACUGCAGCAUCCCUGCUCCGCGCUCGGUCGCCGUGCGCCUGGCUGUCCCUCCCUCUCCAGCCCCCGCCUGCGCGCGGGCUACGUGGGCCGGCCGGCUCCGCACACUUUGCCCGUCUUGGCAGCAGAUAAAAGAGGUCUGGGGAAAUACGGGCCGGCGGACUGCUGCCAGCGCAGCUCUUUAAAUCCCCGGCCCCAGGACCCGCGCACAGCGGGCAGGCCCGGAGCCCGGCCGCGUGUGAGGCGCAGUAGGCUUGGCGCGUGGCUCCACCAGAUCGCCUUGCAGAAGCAGCUUCCGGAACCGAAGUCCACCCUCGGCUCCCAGGUACCACUUUCCGCAGCCUCAGCCCAGGCAAAGUGAGCCUAGCAACAGAAAGCCAAGAUGCCAGCCCACAUGCUGCAGGAGAUGUCUGGCUCCUACACCACCACCACCACCAUCACGGCGCCCCCCUCUGGGGGCCUUCAGAAUGGUCUACAGAAGCUGGACAAGCCUCCCCAGUACAUCGGAGCCGACAUCCGCCCUGAAAUAAAAGAUGACAUACACGACCCCAGCUACCAAGACGAAGAGGGCCCCCCCCCCAAGCUGGAGUACGUCUGGAGGAACAUCAUCCUGAUGGCGCUGCUGCAUGUGGGAGCCCUGUACGGAAUCACUCUGGUUCCCACCUGCAAGUUCUACACUGUCCUGUGGGCCUACGUAUACUAUGUUGUCAGUGCCCUGGGAAUCACAGCAGGAGCUCAUCGCCUGUGGAGUCAUCGAACUUACAAAGCACGCCUGCCUCUGAGGGUCUUCCUGAUCAUUGCCAACACCAUGGCCUUCCAGAAUGAUGUAUAUGAGUGGGCCCGAGAUCAUCGUGCCCACCACAAGUUCUCAGAAACACAUGCGGACCCUCACAAUUCCCGGCGUGGGUUUUUCUUCUCUCAUGUGGGCUGGCUGCUUGUGCGCAAACAUCCAGCCGUCAAAGAGAAGGGUGGUUUGCUGGAUAUGUCUGACCUAAAGGCCGAGAAACUGGUGAUGUUCCAGAGAAGGUACUACAAGCCCGGUCUCCUGUUGAUGUGUUUCAUCCUGCCGACACUAGUCCCCUGGUACUGCUGGGACGAAACCUUUUUACACAGCUUGUAUGUGGCCACUUUCCUGAGGUAUGCUGUGGUGCUCAAUGCCACCUGGCUGGUGAACAGUGCCGCGCACCUCUUUGGAUAUCGCCCAUAUGAUAAGAACAUUGAGUCUCGGGAGAACAUCCUGGUUUCACUGGGAGCUGUGGGCGAGGGCUUCCACAACUACCACCAUGCCUUCCCCUAUGACUACUCUGCCAGUGAGUAUCGCUGGCACAUCAACUUUACCACAUUCUUCAUCGAUUGCAUGGCUGCCCUUGGUCUGGCUUAUGACCGGAAGAAAGUAUCCAAGGCUGCCGUCUUGGCCAGGAUUAAAAGAACUGGAGAUGGAAGCUACAAGAGUGGUUGAAUUGGGUCAUCUGGGUUUCUUUUCCAAAAGCCAGACUGUCAGAGGCUUAAUGUGUUAAUUAACUACUGAAAAAUGCUACCAGGAUGCUAAAGAUGAUAUUAACCUGUUCCGAUACAGUAUUCUUUAAACUGGGAAAGUUUUGAUAACUUUUUAAGGUAAUACAUAUUUUAAUUAGCCAGAUUUAACCAUACCACAAUAUAUGUACAAAUACGUUGUACAUGAAAAAUACAUGCAAUUUUAUGUGUUGAUUUUUAAAAAUAAAUAAUAAAUUGGAACACUCUUUUAAGAAGUA